AUGCCAUCCAUGCGUCCCGAGGCAUCAAUGCCAGCAAUGGACAUGUCCGGGAUGGCAUCGACCUUCUCGAGUAGUACCCGCGUCACACUGUGGUUCACGGAAUGGACGACGACAACAACGGCGACCUACGUGCUAACCAUCUUCUUCCUCUUCUUCCUAGGCAUGUUUAAUCGCUUUCUAAGUGCUUUCAAGAGCCAACUGGAGAGAAAAUGGAGGAUGCAACGGCAGGCCGAGAGCGCACCACAACUUAUACCCAAUACGGAGAAGCUGGUCAACCACAGUGUCCGUGGCCACGUAAGACAAUGGAGCCGUGCGCUGCGACAACAGCCUCUCGAACUGGAUGAUAAGGACAGGGAAGAGAUUGAGCCUUUAAGCCCAGUUGUACCACAACCAACUGCAGCGGAGGAGACUGGUACUACACGGGGCUCGACUGCAUCACGCAAGAUUUUCUGGGUAGCACAAGCACCUUGGAGCGUGAAGAAAGAUGGGAUAAGCGCUGCUUUGGAGUUUAGUCGAGCAUUGAUCGGCUACGUAUUAAUGCUUGCUGUCAUGACUUACAACAUCGGCUUCCUAUUUGCUGUCACAGGAAGCGUACUCAUUGGCGAGAUGGUAUUUGGGCGAUACACACGAGGCUCUGCAGGUCUAGCAGAGGAUGGCUGCCACUCGUAAGCAGCAAGCGACUUCGAGCUGUGGGGGAGAAGAGUGCACCUCUAAUAUGCUACCUUCUUCUGUCAACAAGGCAAAUGACUACGAGUAAUACACAACAGCGGAAUCCAAUCUCUAAUACGCGAAAUAUAGAACUAUGUUUCCAAAGAGCUGUGCAAAAUAUGAGUGGGAUGGCUGCAGGCUUGCGUCUCCAAUUUUUAUUCUUAGAAGAGCAGCUGGGUCCUAGGAAGACCGGAAUGUAGUCAAGUUAGAAAUCUGUGAUGC